GAGAAAAAAAAAUUUUUUUUUCAAAAAAUUAAAAUCUGCUCAAUUUCAAAAAUGGUCAAAACAGAUGAUUAUAUGGAUAAUGGAUUGACAACACAAACACAAAAAUUUGAAGAACACUUGUUAAAUGAGGAAAUUAGGAAAAAUGAAAAUGUGCAUAAUCAUGAUUGGUUAACUUCUCCGAGAAGCAAAUCCACUGGAUUACCUGAAUAUGAAUCUGACGAGAAUCAACAAAAAACGGCCUCUCUUGACAGUGGAAGUCAUGAUGAUCGACGUAUUCGACGCCAAAUUGCUAAUUGUAAUGAGAGAAGGAGAAUGCAGUCAAUAAAUGCUGGGUUUCAAUCAUUACGUCAACUUUUACCUUCCAAAGAUGGGGACAAAAUGUCCAAAGCUUCCAUUUUGGCGGCCACAGCAGAUUUCAUUCAAAAUUUGUUACUUGAACGAGAUAAAUUGUUGGAAGAAAAUGCUGAGAGUGCUGCAAAGAGACGAAAAAUGAAUUUUGGAGAACAAAAUGGAGCACCAACAUUAGAUGAAUGUAUCAAAACAAUAGAAGAAUUGCGUAUUUUAUUACAAAAUGAGACUUAUUUAAGAAUGAAAUACGAAAAAGAAUUGUUUGAAUCUAAAGGAAAAACAUCAGAAAAUAAUUUAAAUGAAAGAACUUCCCCUUCUUCUAAAGGAACAAUUUCUACUAGUAAUUUAUUUUGUCAACAAUCGGUGAUUAAUAAUGCUAAUAAUAAUAAUUGUGUUGGUAUGGGAAAUGCUUCUCCUCAAAAUGAUGCUGUUAGGAUGACCAACAUUCUCUCUUCUUCACUUUUUUCUAUUGCCUCAACAGCCGGGGUUUCUAAUGCUGCUGUUGCUGCACAACAAUUAAUUAAAGCUGUUGUUGCUGCUGGAAAAGGAAUUAAUGAGAAUACUUACAAUAAUCAUUCAACUUCUCAAUUAAUUUUGGAGCAGCAAAAAUGUCAGCAAAUUCCAAACAAUUCUUCACAAUUAUUAAUUUCUCCAAAUAUCAAAAAUGAUCAUCAAACAGGAAUAACAAAUAAUUUGUUGGAUGUGACAAGUCCUAAUAGUAGUGGUGGUGGAGGAUUGAAUGCAUCACUUUCUAUUUCUCAAAGAAAUCUUCAGUCUCUUGUAUUGGCCAUUCGACAUCUUGAAGGCUCCAAUUAGGAAUUUAGAUAUAUUCGAGGACAAAAAAAACAGAAUUUUUUGUUGUUUUAAAAUAGAAAAGAGUUUGUUUUGUUGUUGUUAUUAAUUUUUAUUAAUUCCUUUUCUACAUGCCUCCUCCUCUUCUUCAAUUUUUGUUUUUGGUCUAUUUAUAUAUUUUUGUUUUUUAACCCGGUUUUUGUUGUUCUUUUUUUUAUUGUUUAUUUGUUGGUCAUGAAAAAAGUUUUUUAAUUUAAAAAUUUAAGAAAAAUUUUUUGUGACUGACAAAAAUUUUUAAAAAAAUUUCUUUAUAUUUUUUCAAUGAGCACAUUUUUAUUCAGACAUUCUCGCAGAUAAUAUUAUCUUUUGUAUUCCUCAUUGUUUUUAUUUGUAAAUUUGGUUAAUCACUUUAAUUAGGGUUGCUGGCCCAGUCCGGAAGAUCGAGUUGGACAUCGAAUUUUAGCACGAAAAUGACUCGGUCGGUCCGAUAAAAAUGAGACCCAAAAAAUGACUUGAGCGUCAGCCCGAACGAAAACGGCAACCCUAAUGUUAAUGUUGUUUUCAAGACUUCUAGUCGAAGAGAACAAAAAAAAUUUUUUCGAUUAACCAAACUUUUUUUUUCUUUGAUAAAAUAUCAAAGAAAACCCGCUGCCAAAUUGUUCUCAUUUUAUCAUUUGAAAAAAAAAGACUUUUUUUAUCUUUUUUGUGUA